GCCGCCGCUCGCAGCCUCGUUGUCUGCCUGUGAACUCUCACCCCAGCUGCUUGGGAAAUGUCACCGAGGCAGAGGCCCGUGUUGCAGUCACAGGGGGCGUAAUAGGAGGUGGGAGAUAAAAAACAAACAACCAAAACAACAACCUUCCUUUUUUCCCCACUGCUCUCUCUGCAUCCCUCUACUCGCUGUCUGUCGUGCAAAUGCCACAUCCUGGUACAGCACCAGCACCAGACCCUCCUCCUCCUCCUCCUCCUCCUCCUCCAGCAGCAUCAUCAUCACCAGCAGCAGCAGCAGCAGCAGCCGCAACUAAUCGCAGUCUCAAUGCUCAUCUCGCAUUAGGGCUAAUCUAUAUUUAAAAAGAGAGAAGAAGCGAGUCCGUGCCAGACAUGGAGAAGAACGUCAUGCUUCUCUUGAAGAUGUCAGUCCAUCAAACCAAGUGGCUUGUGACGCCGAUGCCCAGUAGAAGAUCCUGGGAUUGAGACGUGAAUCCCUUUACACUGAUGGCCUGGACUGAGUUUCAGCUGGCCUGCUGAAGCUAUGGGGAGCUGUUGGAGCUGUCUGUACAGAGACCCCAUCCGAGACAACCAUCUCACCAAGUUUAAGGUCACCAAUGUGGACGAUGAGGGCAACGAGCUGGGCUCUGGCAUCAUGGAGCUCACACAGACCGAGCUCAUUCUUCACACGCGCAAGAGAGACGCCAUCCGGUGGCCGUAUCUCUGCCUGCGACGCUACGGCUACGACUCCAACCUGUUCUCGUUUGAGAGUGGUCGCCGCUGUCAGACUGGGCAGGGAAUCUUUGCAUUCAAGUGCUCCCGGGCAGAGGAGAUCUUCAACUUGCUCCAGGAGCUGAUGCAAUGUAACAGCAUCAACGUGGUGGAAGAGUCUAUGAUGAUGAGUCGCAGUGGUCACACGCCAGAGAUGGACAUGUCUCGCACGCCACAGACUCCCAACACUCCAGCAUUCCCUGUUCAGGCUUUUCCCAAUGGAUACCCUGGUUAUCCCAUCAGAGGCGAUCCCUCCCAGCCCUCUCUUGCUGACGAUCAUGGCCUCAUGGGUUUGGACGACCAGACCCACACCUAUGUAAAUACUGUGAGCAUGGAAGGGGAUCUGUCUAUGCGUCACUGUGUGCACUCCCUACCUGAGGUGAGGCCCAGCACUUUCACUGAAACAACACGGGGAGCCAUGCCCGUCGGGGGCCAAGGAAUCCCGCAGUCCAACAUGCGCUGCUGUCCCAUCGAGGAGCAUAAAGAUCCCCAGGUGUUCCUACAGCCGUCCUCACAGGAGGUCAAAUUCAUGUUGGGCCCCACUCCAGCACAACGCCACCUGCUGGAGAGAGAGAGAGAGAGGGAGAGAGAGAGGGAGAGGCAUGGGCACAAUCCCCACAGCCUUCAGCCAGUAGAGGGCGCCACAGGCUCAGAGACGGAAGGAGACGAGCCCUCGAUGCACCUGUGCAACUCUCACUCUUUUCACCAUUUCCAUCACCAUGCGCACCGACACCCAGGUCACAAGCACCCGGACAGCUGCCAGAGCGGCGAGCUCACCUACGAGAACAUCAACGGCCUGAGGAGCGGCCGCAAGCAGCGGCUGAGUCCAAGCAGCGUGUCGCAGUCUGUGGGUUCAAGCAGCAGCAGCAGCACUGGGGACAGUCACUCCCACUCCCUCCUGCACCCACACGCUCACGGCCCGGCAUCUCUGCCCCCGCAGGGCUACGCCUGUGAGCGGGGCAUGGGUGUAGGACACCGUCGGACAGCCCUGCUGAACUACGAAAACCUGCCGUCUCUGCCCCCGGUGUGGGAGUACAGCGCUCUGCAGCGUGACGACGAGCAGGAAGAGGAUGACGAUGAGCAGGAUGAGGAUGAAUAUGAAGAGGAGGAGGAAGACUUUGAUGAGUAUGAGUUCUCAGAAGGCCCUGGGACGCCCAACGGGUACCACCAGGACGGCCGGGGCAUCCACAGAGAUGCCCUGCAGAACUAUGUCAACACAGAGCAGGUCCAGCCGCCCCGGCUCCCACAUGCUUGCCCCCCGCAUCCGCGGCCAUGUCAGCCAGACCGAGGGGGAGGUAUAUUUAGCUUUGAUUUCGGCAGACGAUCGAGGUCAGGGGUUGGAGGCUGUGAGCACGGUCACAUGCCUCCAUCGCGGCAGUUGAAUUACAUCCAGGUGGACUUAGAGGGAGAACCCCCCUGCCAAGCGCUCAGCGGCGGGGGUGCCCAGACCCAGACCCAGCCACAGCACCAGCGCCUGCCACCCAAAAAAUGUGGCGCACAGGCACCCCGGCGCAGCGAAUGCUACGCAGUCAUUGACCUAAAGAAGACCGCUGCCAUGUCCAACCUGCAGAAAGCUCUGCCCAGGGAUGAUGGGACUUCCAGAAAGACUCGACACAACAGCACAGACCUGCCUCUGUAACCGGUGUUCAAACUGUGGAGGAGUGAUGAAGACAGAUGAAGGCUUAUCCUCAUCUUAGCACACUGGACCCUUCACUGUCAUCCAUCCAUUCAACUGUCUGGCUGACUAAUACAAUACAGGUACCUAAUUAGAAAAACUACUGAAACCUAUCUGUGCAUAUAAAAGGAAACAAGAAAUCUCUGAGGAGAAUUUGCCAUUUUAUUCUCUUAUUUAUUAUAAGACAUGUGGUGUGAAGCUCUCGAGUGAUCUGCAGUUUUUACUGCACAUACCGCUUGCCGGAUACAUGGACGUGUAUACAAAAGCAUAAAAUCAUAUAUAUAUAUAAAAAUCAUACAUAUAUGAUUCUAUCCUUAGCUACGACCUGGGGCAGUGACCUCUGUUUUCAGUUGAAGUAUUCAUCGCCAUACUGUAUUAGCAAAUUGUAAUUCUCAAAUCCAUUUUCACUGUUAUCAUGAAGUUACACUACAUCCAAGUAUUUUUUAUUUUUCUUAAUUUUUUUACUUCAACACCAUGACAGUCGGAAAUGUGACUCUCAUCACAGGAGGCGUAGAUUAGUUGGCACUUUGGAAGAUUUAACUGUUCUGCCAAGAUACUGGCCAAUAUUCAUACCUCAUCACAAGCACCUAGGUCUAAUGUUGUGGCUGGUAGAAGAGGCCGUUCUUUGUUACUAUAUGCCUAUAGAGCAUUUUGCACACAAUCCUAUGGAAUUGUAUUUUUAUCAUAUUGUAGGAAUAGUUUUGUCCAAAUCAAGUUGAAAAGUGGAAAUGAACUGAGCAGAACAGAAGGUCAUAUUUGGAGAAUUAGACUUAAACUGAGUGAUGGUGAAAGUAGCACACAUGGAUUAAACUAGUUUCGGCUCCCUCCUAUCCACAUGCAGCAAAAGGAAAAACAAGUAGCAUAUCAUCUCCGAUCACACCUCCUGCAUAUCAUCCCAGACCUGCGGAAGGUCCAUAGCGAGUUUACGCUCGUCACGUUGCACUUUUGACUCUGGGCCAUUGAAACGCGCUCCGUCGCCGCGGGCCACGGGCCACGGGCCACGGGCCACGGGCCACGGGCCACAGGCCCGACCAUGUCCUUUCGCCAAAAGCAGGAGGCCAAAUACUUCAUUGACAUUCUUAGUCAGCGUCGUAGUAGAGGUUUGUUUUCAUGUUUUAAUGGCGACAUCGAUAACCUCAGAUAGUGGCAUAAAGCUAUAACCUCACAUGAAAUGUGCUCAAUCUGUAAUUUUGUCCGUUAUCAGGUGUGAGUGUCUAUUUAAAAAGGUUAAUCAAGUAUGUCGCAGAGUCAUGCAGUGAACAUUUUUGUGAGGCGAUUUAUCGAGCUUCUUCGUCAGAUAUUUAUUUAUUUAUUUCAUUAUUUAUUUAUUCUUUUUUUUUAUUGUUUGAACUUCGUUUUACAUGUGAUGACCAGCGUUUUGUAAUCCAGUUGGUGAUAUGGAGACCAAAGUUUCACCUCGAAUUAUCACUUGAAAAACUGGUGUAUUACUGUUAUAACUGUGCAGAAUUAUAUUUUAAGAGAGAGAGAGAGAGAGUGUAUUUAUAUUUUAAGUGCCAAAACUUUCAUUGCAAACUGUUUGAUGAGUAAAAUCAAACGUGCCAUUUGGAUUCGUAGGACAGAAAGGCAUGAGGCGAUGGCAGUCGGCAUACAUACUUUGAAAUAAAUAAUAAAUACCAGAAUCCAACUUUUUUAGCUUGAUAGAAAUUAUAAUAAGAAAACUGCACAUUCCACCUCAUCCACAUUGACAGUCAUUCAGAGCGAGAGAUCUUGUAGUCUGAUAAUCACAGGGUGGUUUUAUGCUGCUACGUGUAAAUACAAACAGUAGCUCGUGUAGGUACUUGUACAGGUACUUGUCAAAGUGACGCGAUGUCAGAUCUUUUACCAUAUUGUUAAUAGAAGUAGCAUUGUUGUGUUCUAAUGAGAUUUUUUUUCUGAGCAGUAGAAAUGUAAUGUUGUUUUAUUUCACUCAGAUUGUUUUCCUGACAAACUGGCUCUCUGAUAAGAGAGGGGACAGAAGCACUUGGCCCGCUGACGCUGUCAUCGCUUCGUUGAGCGCUCAUAUCAAGAUGAUAUUUUCAUUCGACAGACGAAGGCCAAAAUGUUCUAGAUUUAUACUCAUGUAUAGGCCUUCAAAUGCAGAGCAAAUUGUGGCAUUUAGCUGAAGUUGAUCUUGUUUUUUGUUUAUUCAACAGUGCGUUCAAGAGAUGAAUAUGGGACAUGAAUACAAAGUCUUGACUUCUGAUAUAGAGGUUAUUUUCGGCUUCUGUGUUGUGCAGAUUAACUGAAAUACAAGUUUGAUCGGUGGCCACUUCCCACCAUUUCCCACCUGAGCCCUGCUCAUUAAACAAGAGAGACGGAAAUCUCUCAUGUGAAAUAUGUUUCUAUUUUAGUGUGCACUCAAUUUUUCUGUUAAUCAUUUAGCCCAUCACUGUCUGCAAGUAAUAAAAUAAUAAAUACAAAGUCCAAUAUAACUUCCUAUAAGCCAAGGUGGCUUUGUAACAUUGAUUUUUUUUGUCAGGAACAGCACAAAAGUUACAAUAUAGCCUCACAUCUGAGAGGUGAAAGAGAGUGAAUAUGGAGCAUUUAUAAAAGAAUUUGAUUGAUUAUUCAAUCACUACCAAGAUUAAUCAUCUGUUGUAACCUUUUCAGAAUUAGAUGAAAAAUAAUUAUCUUUUAUCCAUUUGCAAGUCAGAAAAUGUUUAUUAUUGCUAAUUCUUUUUUACUAUGGUACAAUCUGUCAGCUAUAUAUUUUCAAUGUUUUUCUAAUGAUGGUACCUGGCAGCCAAAGAUAUAGCUUUUUUUGUUUGACAAAUAAUAACGAUAAUAAUACAAAGGUAUUUGAUUUACAAUUUUGUAAAACACCAAAACCCUCACUUUCAAGAAACUGGAAUUGACCAAAAAAUUGCCAUUUUUCUUGAUUUGAUAAAUAAUGAUUAGUUAUUAAAAUAAUAAGGUUACGUCUUCAAAAUGCUUGUUUUUGUCCAUUUGAAAAUUACAAAACCCCAAAAUAUUACAUUUACAAUUAUGUAAAUACCGAGAAAAGGCAAGAAAUCAAACACAAAUCAAUACGUGUUUGGCAACUUUACUUUAUAAUUGACUAAUCAAUGAAUCAGCUUGUAAUUUCAGUGCUACUGAUAUGAUAGUAUAAGCAGUUUGAAAAAGCGAUAAACCGCUUUAGUCAUAUCUUUUGGUACGUUCCCCAACACAGAAGCCUCAAAUAACCUCAAAUCUAAAGUUGAUGAUUUUUUAUUUUUGUUUCAGUCUCCUCUAUUACAAAAAGGCCAAAGCUUUGCGUGCCCCAAUACUGACAUUUUGACUGUAUUUGCAGAGAUAUUGUCUUGAUACCUUGGAGGGAUGUUUACAUUUUUGCAAUAAUAGUUGAAUUAUUGUUUUGUUGAUCUAAAUCAGACCAAUGUGUGAAGUGUGAACUUUAAAUAGUAGUCUAUAGAGCUUAAUGUGUUUACUCGCCUGUUCUUCUGCGAAUCAGCCGUCUUAUUAUUAUUAUUAUUAUUAUUAUUAUUUCUGGUUCAAUGUUUUCAUUUCAAGCUCCAUGGUGCAGUUUUAGCUAUGAAAAUAAUACUGAUUGUCAGACACCGUGUUUGCUUCGACUCACAUUUAACAGUGCCAUAGGUACCUACCCAUUGCCAGUACUUAAAUUCAAUUUUAUUGUAUUAAACUUUUUAAACCCGUGGUAAAGUUUCAUACAGGGAACAGCGAGUGGUUCAUCUAAUUUCUCAGAUUAUUGUUACAUGUGCUUUUAUGGUCAUAUAAAAAAAAAAAAAAAUCCACGUUGAAAUUUGUCAAUUA